AUGACUCCAAGAAGAUUAAGUAAUGCAAGUGGCAUUUCCGCUGCUCCAUCCAAUCUCAGUGCUCGUAGUUCAAUAAGGAGAAGAAUGUCAAAUGAUGAAGAACAAAAAUCAGAAAUUAAACAAAAAAUUGCUGAUAUUUGUUCAAUUGUUGAAGGUUCUCCUGCUGCAAGUUAUUCGUAUGUUCCUAUGGAUAUGCUGAUGAAGCAACUCAAACAUAGUAUUACUAACAAAAUGGAAUCGCUCAAGUCUUUGAGAAACUUUGCUGCAGAUACUUGUGUUUUGAUUAAUUCUCCAGAAAAAGUUUCUAAAGAAGAAAUCCUCAAGAAGAGCAAUGAUGAAAUCUUUGAAUUCAUCUUCAAAGGCAUUGAAUUAAUAAAGGCUACAAAGACUGAUUUGCAGAAGGAAACUAUCAAAGAAAUCUGCAGAAAUGUUGGUCCAGAUGAUGUCGAUUUCAUGUCUAUUCCUGACAUGGUUAAUUUGACAAAAACUCAGAUGAAUUUGAUCAAAACUACAUCAAAUUGUACUCAGAACAUCACUAAGAUACUUAAAGAAAUUGAUACUGAGAUCACAUCCAAUAAAUCAUUCUCUCCUUCCAAUGAAUUAUACUCGAGGUACAUCAAGAAAAUCGAGUUGAUGAUGAAAGAAUUUUCUCAAAUUCCUGCAGAUUCAAUUUUGCCCUGUGUUUUGCCUUAUUUAACUGAGUCGAUGUCAUUGAUUAAUAAUAUAACUAAAUCAUUGACAGCAGCUUCUUUCGCGCCAACUUAUCAACCAAAUCAUGAAAUAAUUAGAAAGAUGGUUGAUGAUCAGCAAGAAUUAAGUUUGAAAUGCGAAAAAUUAGAGAAGGAAUUGGAAGAAAUGAAGAAUGAAGCGAAUGUUGCAAAGAACAAGCUCACAGAUGUUAUGAAUGCGGCAAAUCUUGCGGCCAAUCAUAAAAUUGAGAUGAUAAAGAAAGCAAAUGCUAAUGAAAUUGCUCAAGCAUUAUCAGACUAUAGAGAAGUUGAGUCAUUAAGUGAUGAAUAA